AUGGUCGAUGGAAAACCAAUCAAUCUUGGCCUUUGGGAUACAGCGGGCCAAGAAGAUUAUGAUCGGUUGCGUCCACUUUCAUACCCUCAAACUGACGUCUUCUUGAUUUGCUUUUCCUUGGUCAGUCCUCCUUCUUUUGAAAAUGUUCGGGGCAAGUGGUUUCCCGAAAUUGGUCAUCAUGCCCCUAAUAUCCCAAUUAUCCUUGUUGGUACUAAGCUCGAUCUUCGUGAGGACAAGGAGACCAUCAUUAAGUUGCGACAAAAAUCACAAUCCCCAAUUACAUAUCCACAAGGCCUUCAAAUGGCCAAAGAUAUCUCAGCGGUUAAAUACCUUGAAUGUUCUGCUCUUACUCAAAAAGGAUUAAAAAACGUUUUUGACGAGGCCAUCAGAGCUGUUCUUUGUCCUACUCCGGUCGUAAAACAAAGGAAUAAAUGUGUAGUCAUGUAA